ACGCUCCGCCCUCAGCGGAGCGCCAUCUCAGUGAGUCGACUGACUUCGCUGGCACAGCUAGUGAGUGACGGAGUGCAUGAGGUAGAGUCAGUGACAUGGUACAGUGAUACAGUGAGUCGGAGGCUCGGUUGACUAACUCUAUGAUGAACGCGAGCCACUAGAGUCGAGGGUACAGUGAUCACUGACUGUAUGAUGAAUGAGCGGGAGUAGAGUCAAGAUAGCGGGUCGCAUGGUGCUGGAGGGCGGGCUGCCGGCGCCGCUGCAGCUGUACGCGGCGGCUGCGGCGCUGCCCCGCCCGGCCUGGCCGCCUUUCCUGCCCUUCUUCGGGGUCCCGCCGCCCUUCCUCCAGCGGCCGAGACAUCCGCCGCCUCACGGACCCCCGAGCGAGGACUCCAACGAAGACGCCGCGAGCACUAAAGGUGGUCUCGCUGAUGAUGAUGGCGAUAGCGGCAAGCGACGCCGCUCCCGCACCAACUUCAACUCCUGGCAGCUGGAGGAGCUGGAGAGAGCGUUCCUUGCGUCCCACUACCCGGAUGUAUUCAUGAGGGAGGCGCUGGCGAUGCGCCUUGACCUCAAGGAGAGUAGAGUUGCCGUAUGGUUCCAAAACCGCCGCGCGAAGUGGCGUAAGAAGGAGCACACGAAGAAGGGUCCAGGUCGACCAGCUCACAACGCUCAUCCUCAGAGCUGUUCCGGGGAACCGAUCCCACCCCACGAGCUGCGAGCCAGGGAGAGGGCGAGAAGAAGAAAGAAGCUGGCAAAAGCUCUUGAGAGACAGGCGAGGAAGCUUCGAGCCAAAGGCAUCGCGGUAGAUCUCGAGGCCUUGAAGGCCGAAUAUUUAGCACAGCACAGAAACAGCGGUUUGUACUCCGACUCGGACGGAGACAUAGAUGGAGAAGAAUGUAUGAUAGAUGUAGUCGGCGGGGACUCCUGCCACGACUCAGGUCCCGAGGACUUCUCACUAUCAGGACGUCUCCGAGCCCCGCCCGGAGCGGACGCUAUCAAUCAUUCAGACAGCUCCACAUCGGAUGGCCACUCGGCGCGUAACUUCAGCCCGCUGCCGGACCCGCAGACAUCAUUCUUCAAACAGUUCACAUCAGCCGCCACAAACUUCGACAAAUUCGACUUCGACUCCGGCCGAGCCGUUUCCUUAGACCUCAGCGGUAGUUCCAACACGGAACAGGGUUUAUCCAAGAGCGGGGGCGCGAGGAAGCACAAUCCGUUCAGUAUAGAAUCUCUCCUUAACACGUGAAAAUGACUUUAGAGCGGCCCACAGAGGCUACCGGAUGUUGAUUUUUCUCUUAAACCGGCGUCAAGUGAAAUGUUCCUUUGCUUUAAUGUAACUGAUUAUUGUUAGUCCUAAUCUUCGUUUAAGACUUAAAAUUUUACAUAUCUCUUUGUGAAUAUUAGUCGGUAUAUGUAUUAUAUAGAUUAUAGUGUAGUGUAAAUAGUUAUUAUAUUUAUUCCUUCAUUUCGAUUUUUAUAUCUCACAAACUCUGGGGCAAUAUCAUUUUAUUAUUGUUUGUUGAUUAUUCGGUAUUUUAUUUUUUUUCAUAUUAAAUAAUUGUCUAUACUUUUUUUAUAUAUAUGAUAUCUUAAUAACAAACCAAUGGCAACUAACUGUCCAUGAUAUAUGGGGAUAGUCGAGUGGUUUGGAACACCAUGGCUUAUAUGUAAAGGUUAGCGCGUAUCGUUUCGUGUUCCGAGUAAUGCCAAUACUAGGUACCUUCCAUAAGAGGAUGGUAAAUUUUAUUAGCUGGUGCAAUAUACAAGACUUUCCCUUACUUAAUAUUAAAUUAAUUUAAUAUAUAUUUUUAAAGCAGUUCGUCUGAACAUUUACAAAUAUUUUAAUUGUUCUCGUAAUCGAAUAUAAUUAAUACCACAUUAAAUACACUAACACAGACGACGACAGAUAUAUAUAUAUAUAUAUAUAUAUAUAUAUAUAUAUAUAUAUAUAUAUAUAUAUAUAUUCCAUACAUUCAACUACAUACAUACUAAUAAGUAUUUAAAUGACUCGUAAUAGCUUUCAUCCCGGUUUCUAAGAAAAUUCGCUUUUAUUAAAUUAUUUGGAAUGAGAAUAAACACAAUACACUCAAGAAUCGUAAAAGGGUAAUUAGUUUCUGGACGGAAUGAACGCUCGAUAACAGCCAAUUAGCGCAACACGACCGCGUUAUAACGAUUUUUGUGCAACUUAAACAACCGCAGAGACUUCCAAUAAUAUAAUACUAUAUAAGAACUAUUGUGACUUUAUUUUAUUAUAUAAAUAUUCAUAUUUAUAUAUGUUUGGUAUUAUUUAGGAAGGAUUUAUUUAUAGGUGUUCUGUCUGAUCUUUCAAAGCAACUUGAUGAAACAUAAUCUCAUAGCUGGCUUAAGGCAUAUUAUAGGUACGCGUGCGGCAUUUUAACAAUAUAUUUUUUUUAUUUAAUAGUUAGUUCAAUAGAGGUAUUUACAAAAAACUGUUACACAAUAAAGAGAAUUAUUAACAAACGAAAUAAUAUUCUCCGGAAAAAGAAAAACUAUUUAUGUUAUUCAUAUUAUGGUAUGUACAACGUAUUUUUUUUUUUUUUAUAAAAACUUUACAAAGAACCGUUCAACGGAAUAUUUUAUUCUGCCACAGGAUUUCGUAAGACAGAUCAAUAGCUUUUCAAAUAUUUUGUUUCGCGUGGAGCAACUGUAUAUUAUAUUAAAAUAAGAUAUUUGUAUGCGUUUUGGUAAUGGAUUUAUAUAAUAGAAAUAGACGUAGGAAACACUAAUGUAUAUUUUGUAGCAGAAAAAAAUAUAUUAGGUACAAAAUAAUUAAGUUAAUUUAUAUCAAUAGUUGUAAAAGACGUGAUACGUGGAAUUGUAAAUGAUCACAUUGGAUAAGAUGUAAAAAGUUAUGUGAGUAAUUUAUUGAAUCAAAAUAUAACAUUAUUAAACACA